UUUGUUAUUGUUUGUGUGUGUUUUUGUUCUAUUUUUAUUUUUGACUUGUUUGUGCUGCUACAAAAAUAUUUUGUAACUUUUACGAGCUGUAAUUUUUGUAAAUUUCUUUAGUUUUAAUAGUUUAAAUGGUAAUAGUGAAAUACAAAUUCGAAUUUAAUAAUUAAGUAGCUAUUGGCGUUUGGCUUAUUGGUACCGUUAUUAACAAGGAUUACGAAAGGAAAAAAGCAUUUGCGUUGCAAUUCUAAAUUUUUCACAAUGUCCUCGCUUAUUGAACCAUAUGUGUCGACUGAAAUAAACUUUGACCGGCGGUGGAUUGAGCAAAUAAUUCUUCAGUUGGUGGAUGCAUUUGAAAUAAGAGUGGUAUGGGACACUGAAGCAAAAAUAUUGACAGGGGCAUUUGCACUGGCGGGUGUGGUAGUGGGUGGAUAUGCUGGUGGGAGGAUGGGAGCGGCUUUAGGUGCGGGAGUUGGUGGUGCUGCUGGUCUUGGUGUCUCAGCCAUAGUGUCGCUGAGAGAGAUCUGGGAAACUGUAAAGGAAAAACUCAGUGAGCUGACCUACAUAGUAUUCAACUACCUAAGGAGACUUGAUCCUGUGGACUACAUACAUGCGGCUAAUGUACUCAUGGCUUGCAUGUCCAGUAAGAGAGAGCUUGUCAUGACCAUACUUGACUUUGUUGCACAUAAACUGGGGAGAGAAGUGUUGUCGAGCAUUACAGCAGCAUAGACAAUAGUUUUUUUUUGUAGUGUUUUUUUUUUAUUAACUGACAUUAGAUCUGGUUUCUAGCUAAUAAGAGGCUAUAGUGUCUUUUAAUUUGUACCGCAGAAAAUAAAAAUAAUUUUAUGGUGAAUUAAAUAAACAAAGUGAUAUUUAAUAAAUAUGAAUAUAUAUGAUAACAUAAUGUCACAACAUUUGAAUAAUGAAUUUUUCAUUGAAAUUGUUAUGUUUAAUAGAUUAAAUAAUUAUUACAUGAGUAAAAUCAUUUUAGGGUCACAGGUAUUUGGUAAGUAAAAUGGUUUUGGUGCUUAGGUAGGCAGCUAAAACAUUUGUGUGAUCAACAGGUGAUCUAAGAAAAUAAAUAAAUAAAUAAUUUUAUAAACAAAAAUGUGAACUUUUAAACUAUUAAAACUAAGGGCCUGUUAUAGCUUGAUGUUAAACAUCAUACAUUUUGACAUUAUUAAUUUUAAUAAAUUAAAAAUGUUUUUAUAGAUAAAUUACCUGAGCUAUUAAAUCCAAUUAAAAAUUAUGUAGGUAGGUAUAGCCAUAAGGCCAAGUUAAGUAAUUUUUGUCGGCGUACGUCCGACAAGUAUCAAAUCCGUCCGUGAUUAAUCUCCUUCAUUUUAUUUAUUAGAUAAAAAAAGUUACAAUUUGAGUCCAUGGUACGUCACAAAAUGAUAAGUAAUCUAUAGUAUAAAAGCGAAUGGCUAAUGAAGAGUAGGGGUAGGUAAGAAGUAGGACAUAUAAAUCAAAGCAAAGCUUGGUCGGGUCCGCUAAUUACUUAUAAUUUUUUAAUUAAGUGGUAAUCAACACAAAUAGACGCAGUUGUGUGGUAUAUACUUUACUAUAUAAUUAUUGUGAUAGUUCGAAUAUUGGAAAAUAAACCAAAUACAGGGUGAUACAUUAGUGGUUUAUCCGCCAUUUUUAAUUGUAAUAAAUUGAAACUACCUUAAUCUUAAUCGAUUGUAUCGUCAAAUCCUAAUUAUUUCAUUGUGGGAGAUCAAAUUCUAAAAAAAUACCCAGUAAGUAUACAAACUAGUCCAUUACCAAUUUAUUAUAUAGUAUCCCAUAAAUAUUAAUUUUAAUGUCACUUUUCCUUGCAAUUUUAUAACGCAAGAAAAAAAUUGUCAAAAUUGAAAAAAAUAAAUAAAACUUGGCGGUCUUACGGUUUUUCUAUAAAAAUAAUCAAAAUUGUUUAAGAGAAUUACUUAGGUGAUUUAAUUUCACCUUGAGUUGGAUCCAUUAUUAUUUAUGGGAUACCCUCUAUGUAUUAUAGCUACUAAAAUUAUUGUCCGUUAGUUCUCUCUAAAAAUCAAUGACUGUUUUUUUUUGUUGUUGCAGUUCAUUGAAAAUAGGUGGUUUAAAAAACUAGGUUGUUUUUUUUUCAAAAGCGCAAAUUAUGUAUAAGUAGUUAUAGUUUGACCUCUGCAGUUUGCGCUUAAAAUAGCCAAGUAGUUAACUUAAAAUUAUUCUUCGUUCUCUUAUUUUAUUAAUACACUUUUUCAUAGAUUGCUCAAUUAGGGUCAGCGCAAACUAACUAACACUACCUCGCCUCCGCACCUUUCUCACACGUGUUGUUUAUUUUUUAUUAAAUUUUCAAGUAGACUGCGUUGACCUUUAGUUUUUAAGAUGCCGACAUAUCACUUGAUCUGUGUGAAAUAAAAAUAUUUUUGAUGAA